AUGGCAAAUAUUUUCAGAAAGAAAGAUCACAAGGAUUCUGAUUCCAAGAAUUCUUCCAAAAAUAAAAAUAAAAAGAAAACCUUAAAGUCUAACUUUAAGCAGCCAGGAAGCAAGAAAUGUAAUGAACCAAAACGGGUACGCUUUCAUUUGGUCCCGACCGUGGUAAAAAUACCCUCUCAAACUUGCCGGGAAGAUGUUUCACACUACCGCCGACUAAGGCUUAGUGACAGGUAUCCCUUUGAACUCGAUGAAAAAUAUUCUGCCUUUAAUGAGAUUGACGUUUUUGAAACUUUUAUCACACUUAAUAUGCUAAUGGGAGAAUUUGGUAAAAAGACUAUAUGCCACGAACACUUGGAAAAGUUUUGGAAACUUUGCACGGUUCCAAAUAACGAAAUCGCCAAAAAGUUGAUAAAAGACAUUUACAUUAGCCGAGAUCUUUUUAAAUAUUUUGGUAGAGAAGGUCUCUCUGAUCCUAAAAUCAGAGAGGGAGAUUCACGAAAAAUUGCUUCUUUUGCCAUGUUUUCAUCUCCUGAGCCAUCGCGCACUGCUUUUGAAAUUAUAAAUAAGGCACACACGGACUUUUUAAGCUUCAUUCCAGCAAAGUUUAGUUUAACAGAAGAAAAUGUGACCUUUUUUCGCGAGUUGGAAUGGUUUGUUGAGUGCUUGUUUGAUAAUGAGGCUUCGUCAGAAGGUGAACGACAGUUAUGGCGCAAAAUCGUCACCCUACCAAUUUCAUUAGAACUUAAAGGCCGACUUCUUAGUAUGAGGGAAGAUCAUUUUAAACUGACAGUCUUUUGCAAAAAUCUUUGCAGUUCAACGGUAGUUUCAGCCAUUCAUGAACUUGUUUCAUAUGACUUGGAUUUUAAAAAUUUGCUUUUUGAGGAAGUUCUUCCCCACCAAUUCAUUAAGCAGUUCCGCAUGGAAUAUGUGGGCGAUCUGAAGUUUGGCAUUGUGGACAUCUUAGGCAAAAUGGAGGAUUUUUCAAAUCAAAAAUUGGGGAAUCCUGAAACUGCGCCAAAGUAUAAGCCUCGCGCUAGCAGAAAUUUUAAUAUGAAGAGCAUUAGAAACAUGGGCGACGAAGAAGAAGAAGAGUUGGCGAAUAACUACUGGCCUGAACUCUCAAAAUUGUGA